UUUUAAACGUUGCUGCUGAAGGAGAUGUCAAAUAUUAAGCUCAAAAGAGGGGGAAAAUAAAAAAUUCAAGAAAGGCAGAUUAAUUAGGUCUCCAAACGACAUUCAACACUCUUAUUAUCGCCGGCGAUCCCUUCUGACAGUUCGUCUUCCCUACUUCUCGCCCUCGCCGCCCUGGAGAUGAAGUUCCAAAUCGAAGAUGUAACUGUAUACUUCCCUUAUGACAACAUCUACCCCGAACAGUACUCAUACAUGGUCGAACUCAAACGAGCUCUGGACGCCAAAGGUCACUGCCUCUUAGAGAUGCCGACUGGCACCGGGAAAACCAUUGCUCUUCUCUCCCUAAUCACAAGCUACGUUUUGUCAAAACCCUCCAAUCCAGUCAAACUCUUGUACUGUACCCGCACCGUACACGAAAUGGAGAAAACCCUAGCAGAAUUGAGGUUCUUGCAUAAUUAUCAGGUGAAGCAUUUGGGGCCUUCGGCGAGGAUUCUCGCCUUAGGUCUUUCAUCGAGGAAGAACUUGUGCGUGAAUCCGAGUGUUAUAUCGGCCGAGAACCGGGAUUCGGUCGAUGCUGCUUGUAGGAAGCUUACUGCCAGUUGGGUAAGGGCGAUGGCGAUCGAGAACCCGAAUAUUCCUACUUGUGAGUUUUUCGAGAACUAUGAGAAGGCUGCCUCUGAUGCGGUUUUGCCUCCCGGAGUCUAUACAUUGCAGGAUUUAAGGGCGUUUGGCAAAGAAAAAGGGUGGUGCCCGUACUUUUUAGCACGUCAUAUGGUGCAAUUUGCAAAUGUGGUGGUGUACAGCUACCAGUACCUCCUUGAUCCCAAAGUUGCUGGAAUCAUAUCAAAAGAGAUGCAGAGAGAGUCUGUUGUGGUAUUUGAUGAGGCCCACAAUAUUGACAAUGUAUGCAUUGAGGCACUUAGUGUUAGUGUAAGGAUGCAGACACUUGAAGGGGCAACAAGGAAUUUGAAUAGGAUGUCCCAGGAGAUUGAGAGGUUAAAGGCCACCGACGCUGGUCGAUUGCGUGCAGAAUACAACCGGCUUGUUGAGGGGCUGGCACAAAGGGGGAACCUUCCUAUUACUGACACCUGGUUUUCAAAUCCUACCUUGCCUGAGGAUAUAUUGAAGGAAGCAGUGCCUGGAAAUAUAAGGCGUGCAGAGCAUUUUGUGUCUGUUUUGCGCAGAUUGGUCCAGUACUUUAAAGGGCGUUUGCAAACAGAAAAUGUUGAAAAGGAGGGGCCUGUUACUUUUGUUGCUUCCAUUAAUGCGCAAGUUGGAAUCGAUCAGAAAAUGCUGAGGUUUUGUUAUGACCGGCUUCACUCUCUAAUGUUAACUCUGGAGAUAACUGAUACUGAUGAAUUUUUACACAUCCAAACAAUUUGCGAUUUGGCAACACUUGUUGGGACCUAUGCUCGAGGUUUUUCUAUUAUAAUUGAGCCUUUUGAUGAAAGGAUGCCACAUAUACCUGACCCUGUCCUCCAGCUAUGUUGCCAUGAUGCUUCUCUUGCCAUAAAGCCCGUGUUUGAACGGUUCCAAUCUGUUGUUAUUACAUCUGGGACACUUAGCCCCAUUGAUCUCUACCCUCGUCUUCUUAAUUUCAAUCCUGUGGUUAGUCGAAGCUUUACAAUGUCCUUAACAAGGGAUUGCAUAUGCCCUAUGGUUCUUACUCGUGGAAGUGACCAGCUUCCUGUGAGCACGAAAUAUGAUCUAAGAAGUGACCCUGGUGUGGAGAAAAAUUAUGGCAAACUUUUGGUUGAAAUGGUGUCUGUUGUACCAGAUGGAAUUGUGUGCUUCUUCGUCAGUUACUCUUACAUGGAUGGAAUUGUUAAUAGUUGGCAUGAAUCUGGAAUUUUGAAGGAGAUAAUGCAACAUAAACUCGUCUUCAUAGAGACUCAGGAUGUGGUUGAAACUACACUAGCACUAGACAAUUAUCGUAGAGCUUGUGAUUGUGGAAGAGGUGCUGUUUUUUUCUCGGUUGCCAGGGGAAAAGUGGCGGAAGGAAUAGACUUUGACAGACAUUAUGGCAGGCUUGUAAUCAUGUUUGGUGUUCCUUUUCAGUACACACUGAGCAGAAUAUUGCUUGCAAGAUUGGAAUAUUUGCGGGAGACUUUCCAAAUAAGAGAGGGCGAUUUUUUAACUUUUGAUGCUUUGAGACAAGCUGCCCAAUGUGUGGGACGUGUCAUCCGAUCAAAGGCAGAUUAUGGGAUGAUGAUUUUUGCUGACAAGAGGUAUAGUCGUCAUGACAAGCGCUCGAAGUUGCCUGGUUGGAUACUAUCACAUUUACGCGAUGCCCACCUGAACUUGAGCACUGACAUGGCUGUUCAUAUUGCAAGAGAGUUCUUGAGGAGGAUGGCUCAGCCGUAUGACAAGACCGGUGCAAUGGGUAAAAAGACCCUUCUAUCACAAGAAGACUUGGAGAAGAUGGCGAACGGGGCUGGAGAAAUGUUGUUUUGAGGACUUUUUUGUUUUUUUGCACUUCCAGCUACUCAAAUUAUUAUUUACUGGAGAGGGCGUUUUGCGGAGGUCCGGAAAUUUUGUGUAAAACUGUUUUCCUUCUUAAUGAGGACAGAUUUUUGUUUUGUACAAAGGGAUUGGAAAUUUUUUUGUAGCUUUCUUGUGAUGAUCAUUUGCAUGAACUUUUGUGGGUCGCCAUGGUGCGGCCAACAUGUAA